GCCAUUUUCUUUUCUCUUCUCCUCUCAACCGGCGGUUUGUUCUGGUCUGGUCUUGUGUUCCGCUCUGUGGGAUUCGUUACUUCGUUCUUAGACUUUCUAAAAGGGUGAUACUGCAGAAAGCUUUAACGUUUAGACUCAGGAUACUGGUUUUGUUUUCUCCGUGGCUCGUUUGUUUGCGUGCUGAAAGAUGUCCGCCACCAACCCCGAGUAUUCCCCCUUCUUCGCAGUGAUGGGCGCCUCAGCAGCGAUGGUCUUCAGCGCACUCGGUGCUGCAUAUGGCACAGCCAAGAGUGGCACAGGCAUUGCUGCCAUGUCUGUGAUGAGGCCAGAGCUGAUCAUGAAGUCCAUCAUCCCCGUGGUCAUGGCGGGUAUCAUCGCCAUCUACGGCUUGGUGGUGGCCGUACUCAUCGCCAACAGCAUUUCAGACAGUGUCCCUCUCUACAGGAGUUUUCUUCACCUGGGUGCUGGACUGAGUGUGGGUCUCAGUGGCCUUGCUGCCGGCUUUGCCAUCGGAAUCGUAGGAGACGCAGGAGUUCGAGGCACAGCCCAGCAGCCUCGCCUGUUCGUCGGCAUGAUCCUUAUCCUCAUCUUUGCUGAGGUGUUGGGGCUCUAUGGGCUUAUUGUUGCCCUUAUCCUCUCCACUAAGUAAACAGCAUUAAUAAUAAUAAGAAUAAUAAUUAUACUGAUGAACACACACACACACACACACACCAACUCUAACAUCCACUUAAUGAGAAACAUUGAGGUACUACACCACAUGAACGGAAGAGAGGGGAGUGUUUGUGUGUAUGUAUGCGAGUGUGUGUGCGUGCGUGCGCGUGUGUUUGUGCUUGGUGGGCAAUUAAAUGUACGAGAGCGCUCUCCUCUCGGUGUGUAUUAUAGUAGCCUGAUGUGCGUCUCCUUGUAAAUGCACUGUGUAGCUUGUGAUAACGUCCUGUUGGUGUUUAGAUAGCAGCCCUGACCCUUACUGCUACACUUGUUUGCGUUUUUAUUUCAUUUCUUUUUUCCCCCCUCUUGGUUGAAGAAUAAAUCAUCCGGGAUGGCUGCCUUUUUUUUUUCUUUCCCUUUAUUUUGGGACCAUUUGCUGAUUAAUGCUGAUAUUGAGGACAUAACAGUAUAAAAAAUAAAUAAAUACAAAAAUGCAUUUUUCACUGAUUAUUUAUGAAGAUUUUGAAAAUGUUCAUGAAAUUAAUUGAAAGUCUUUAUUGAAAUCCCAGUGAUCUCUCUAUAUAUAAAUAAAUAAAUGUAUCAGAAGUAUAUAUAUAUCUGUAUAGGUAGGUGAAUUGCACUGUGGGUAAUUUGUGCUUGGAGUUCCUCUGGAUGUAAUCAUCAGUUUCCAUGCGAAUUCUGUUGUCUGUAUUGAAGAUAUUGGUGUGGAAGUUUACAGAGCGUGCCGUCUGUGAGUGUAUGCACGCGUAUGUUUGUGUGAAUGUGUACGUUUUAAUUCUAAGGUGACAUUCUUUGAACAACGUGUAGCGUUAUACCUGUAGCUACUACUGUUUCUGGUUUGCUUGAUGGGCACACACCAGCCCAGCCCGUCCUGUUUCCAAAUAAAACUUCCUCAACUAA